GAGCGGCGGGCGCGGGGAGCCGGGCGGCGGCAGAGCAGCGGGACGCGCCAUGCUGCCCGCCGCCCUCCGCCGAUGGCUGCGCCGGCCCAAGCGCUCCGACUCCCGCCUGCUCUCCCAGUUCUUCUUUGCCGACGAGAGGGUGACGCGGGUGGUGGCCGAGAUCAACGGGCUGGAUGCUGAGCUGGACCCGCAGCAGUACCUGGUGCUCCUCAACCAGCUCCACCUCAGCCAGGCUCACCUGCUGGCCGUCCUGGAGCGGAUCAUGGAGGAGUGCAUUCCCACGCAGCGGCACAGCCGUGACUACCUGGUCAAGUUCCCUGAGGAGCUCUUGGUUGACAACCUGGGGAACCACAUGUUGUUUGCUGCCGAGUGUCUCCUGGCUGGGACCUUCCUGGAGGUGGAGGAGGCUGACGGGGCACAGCUGCGGCCGCAGGCCAGGAAUCUACUGUGCAGCCUGGAGCUGGUGCGGACAGUGCUGCGGGAGCAGAGCCUGAGCCAGCCCGGCUCCUACCCGGAGCCCGUCCGGGCUGUGCUCAUCCAGUUCGACCGGCUCUUCGCGGAGUUCGAGCUGAGCUACGUGUCCUCGCUGGUGGCAGUGAAGUCUCCCGAGGAGAUCUACAGGCAGCAAGAGAUCAUUGUGCUCUUCUGUGAGACGGUGGAGAGAGCCCUGCGCCUGGGCUACUUGACCCAGGAGAUGAUCGAUGGCUACGAACCGCUGCUGAUGUUCACCAUCCCUCGCCUGGCCAUUAUCAGUGGUCUCCUCAUCUACCCCGAGGGUCCCCUCAGCCUGGAGCGGAGCCCCGAGCAGAUGUCCCAGGUCUUCAGCCCUUUCUACAACCUCCUGAAGAAGAUCAGGGACCUGCUGCGGGUGCUGUCAGCAGAGGAGCUCUGCCUGCUGGAGAGGAGCCUGUGCACAGCCGAACUGGAGGAUUCCUGCGUUCCAGCCACCCCCCCAGCCUGGGGGGCAGCCAUGCCCAGAGCAGACCCCCCUGCUCCCUGGGGUCUGCUGGAGGUCGCCCAUGCCACCCCACCACCCCCCACCUGCACGACACAGCCGGGACCCCCCGGUGCGGUGGACAACCCGGGCACCGAUUGGCAAUGGGGCCCCCAGCCUCCCGAGAGCAGCCCGGGGACGGGGCUUGAUGCCACCCCGGGUGCCCACUGCUUAGAGCUGCGCUCCCGCUACAGCAGCACCAAGGACAUGCUGCACACCCUCUUCGUCUGCAUCUCGGGGGUGGCCGAUCAGCUCCAGACCAACUUUGCCAGUGACUUGCGGAGCAUCUUGAAAACGGUCUUCAAGAUUGUCGCCUCGCAGGCAGAGUCCUCGGAGGAGCCGAGUGCCAGCCAAGAAGAGGACGGUGACCCAUGUACAGCGGAUGCUCCUCGUGUGGCCGACUGCCCCCUGUGCUCUAGCCCCACGGAGGCUGCCGGGCUCCGGAGGGCAGGUGCCUGCCGGCUGCCUGAGUGGGUGCCGGACAGCACAUGCAGCCAGUGCUCUGCCUGCCGCUCGCCCUUCACCCUACUGCGCCGCCGGCACCACUGCCGCAGCUGCGGGAAGAUCUUCUGUGCCCGAUGCUCGCCGCAUGCCGCGGCGCUGCCACACUACGGCCAGCCGAAACCCGUGCGUGUCUGCACGCACUGCUACACCACGCACCUCUCGCCCGCGCCACGGCGUGCCCGGAGCCAGUGAGACCCCCGCCCCGUGCCAGAUCCGCAUCCGUAGGAGGCCACAGACUGGGCCCGGGGGGGAAAAGGACCGCUUCAGGGCUGCUGGGUGGCUCUGCGGCCCCACGACUCCCCUCGGGGCCGGGUGGGCACGGCAGCCGGACCCCACGGAUGGCGGCGGGACCCCACGCACGGCGGCCAUCCGUGUCCCACGCUGGCGGGGCCAGGGCCACGGUGGGCGCAGGACCGCCUCACCCGACGCACCGUGGCUGUGUCCCGCUUUCGGCAAGCCGCGUGCCGCCGUGUGCCUGCUCCCCCCCCCCCGCCCCGUGCUGGAGCUGUGCUUCGUGGUGGUUUGGUGGUUUUUUUUUUUCCCAGGUGAACUUUGGCUGCUGUUGGGCCCGGGGCAGAGUCUUCCCCCCCUCCGCCCCCCCGGGGCCUGGUCUGAGACGGUGCAAACAGCCCUCACAUGACGGCGGGUGCCCCGGGGCGGCCCGGGCCGUGCCCGGAGGCUGGC